ACUGAGGUGAGAGAGUCAAACUGUUCUAAUAUUUAUUUCUGUGGUUUGAAUGUCUUCUCUUUUCUAAGAAUUCACAAUGCAUAACUGGUUUUAUUAGAGGUGUGUAUACUCUGGAACAACCUGUGAGAGUGACUAAGCCUUGUACAGGUGGCCAUUUUCCAACUUGUAUGAGUCAUGUGGGAGAACAUGUGUGCAUAGUUUAAUCUUUUUUUUUUUUUUUCUUAAACAUUCCUUUUGGUUUCCUCCCAUCAAUCUAGAAUUAGGGAGAGGUUUGUUAUUGUUAUGUCAUUCUGCCUCUAGUGCAGAACAUGCAGUGAUGCUAAAGCUUUAUGAGGUAUGUGUUUGGCCUGGUUAAACCAGUUGGUCCACUCUUCAAGUGUAUCACCUGCCGCAAUGAGAAUUCCAUAUAAACAGCGAGAAGAGAACCGAGUUAAACACGAUCACAUCAAGUGAAAACUCUUCAGCAUGGCACAUUAUCACUGCUAAUAAUGAACAAGGAUUUGAAAGCUCAUAGGAUACAAGAUGAUCAUGGGCGGACCUGGUACCUCUACAAUUACGCAUGUUUAAUACAGAGGGUGUGGUUAAAAAGGUUUGAGUUUUGGAUGCUUUUCUUCACUGUAAAUACAUACUAGUGAAAUGGCUCUUCUUCGAAGAAGCCUCUCUGACAGCAUGCUGCUUGAAGAUGACAAUGUCUCUGUAGAGGGUUUGGGAUACACGGACAUGCACAUCCAUGAAGAUGAUGAAAUUGUGGGUGCCAGUGGUCAGUUUGACCUGAAGAGGAAUGAACAAAAGAAGAAUGAAGCUGUGGACAUUUUGAAGUUAAUUGAUAAUGACAAGGAGUUAAGGAAGCAUGGUUUGAAAUCCAGCAAGAGCUUGGAAAGUCUGGAUAUCAAAGCUCCUAAUGAGGUGUGGAGAGAUUCAUAUGACAAGCUCUUCAAUGCUAAAGUCAAGAAAUUCAUGAAAGGAAAUAACGAAAACAGACAUGGCAUACACAAUGGGCCAGCGGCAACCCAAACACUUGACCGCAAAAGCAAAGUAAAUGUUGCAGCUUUACUUGAGAAUGCAGAUCAGAUGGGUCUCAAUCCAUAUGAAACAGAACCUGACAAUCAAGUGGGACCAUUCAUGGAAUAUCAUCAAUAUGACUCUGGCUCUCCAGUGAUGCACCUCACAAAAGGACAUUUUAAAGGCCCAAAAGCGGUGCUUAAUUCUUCAGAUAUGGAUAUGGAAGUACCAUCAGUUAAUGUCAAGAAGCCAAAAUUUAAAAUGCCAAAGUUAAGCCUCUCUAGAAAGAAGAAUACUGACAUGAGUUACGAUGGAAGUAUGAAGGGGUCAAAAUUGGCACUGUCAUCCCCUGAAGUAGCUCCAGGUCUUAAUGGUUCUAAUAUACAAACUGAUGGACCAAAGGCUGAUUUCAAAGGUCUAAAAACAGACCUUCCAGACAUGGACAUGUCAUCUGGAGAACUGAAAGCACCCACUUUUGGCCUGUCAGGACCCAAAAUAAAAACACCUGACUAUAAUCUAAAGACCCCUGAAAAGAAUCUGUCUACUCCCAAAUUUAAGGCAGACUUUGAUUCACCAGACAUCAACAUCAGAGGCCAUAAGCCAGAUAUCACCGCACCUGGCAUGGAUGUGAAUAUUCCUGAAGGUACAUUUAAAGGACCAAAUUUCAAGAAAACCAAUCUUGACUUGAAUGCACCUGACCUCGACAUAAAUGUUCCUUCUGGUAACCCGAAGCUGCCAAAAUUCGGCUUCUCUGGUAGCAAGCCAGAAGGACCUGAUCUUAAAAUCAAAUCUACAGACCUGAAUCUCAAAAGCCCCAAAAUAAAGGGAGGAAUUGAUACCCCAGAUAUGGAUCUAACUCUGCCUCAAACUGAUUUGGAAGGCCCGAAUCUAGAUUUCAAAACACCUGAUAUUGAUGUUAAUGGCCCUUCUGGGAAAUUUAAUAUGCCAAAGUUAAAGAUGCCCAGUUUUGGCCCGUCAGGUUUGAAAGGUUCAAAAAUGAACAUGGAUGCUGACAUUGAUAAGCCUGAUAUUAAUCUAAGUGCAUCAACUCCCAAACUAAACGCAGGAAUAAAUAGUCCUGAUAUUGACAUUCAUGGACCUGAUGUUGAUUUCAAGGGUCCAAAAACAGACCUUACACUUCCAGACAUGGACAUGCCUUCUGGAAAAAUGAAAAUGCCCACUUUCAAGAUGCCUGAUUUUGGUCUCUCGGCACCAAAAAUAAAGACACCUGAUUAUGAUCUGAAGACUCCUGAAAUGGAUCCUACAGCUCCAAAGUUUAAGGCAGACUUUGAUUCCCCAGACAUCAACAUCAGAGGUCAUAAUCCAGAUCUCGCAGCACCUGACAUAAAUGUUGAUUUCCCAAAAGCAAAAAUUAAAGGACCAAAUUUCAAGAAACCUGAUUUUGAUGUGAAUACACCUGAUCUCAACAUGAAUUCCCCUUCAGCUAAAUUGAAGCUGCCAAAAUUUGGUCUCUCAAGUAGCAAGCCAAAAGGACCUGAUCUUAAAAUCAAAUCUCCAAAGCUGAAUCUCACAAGCCCCAAGGUUAAGGGAGAAAUAGAUAACCCAGACAUGGAUCUGACUCUGCCUCAAACUGAUUUAAAAGGCCCAAACUUAGACAUCAACUCACCUGAUAUUGAUAUCGAUGGCCCUUCAAGUAAAUUUAAUAUGCCAAAGUUAAAGAUGCCCAGUUUUGGUCUGUCAGGUUUGAAAGGGCCACAUAUGAACAUGGAUGCUGACAUUGAUCAGCCCGACCUCAAUCUGAGAGCAUCAGCUCCCAAACUAAACGCAGGAAUAAAUAGUCCUGAUAUUGACAUUCAUGGACCUGAUGUUGAUAUUAAAGGUCCGAAAACAGAUCUUAAACUUCCAGACAUGGGCAUGCCAUCUGGAAAAAUGAAAAUGCCAACUUUCAAGAUGCCAGAUUUUGGUCUCUCAGCACCAAAAAUAAAGACACCUGACUAUGAUCUGAAGACUCCUGAGAUGGAUUUUUCGGCUCCAAAUUUUAAGGCAGACUUUGAUUCCCCAGACAUCAACAUCAGAGGUCAUAACCCAGAUAUCACAUACCCAGACUUGAAUGCUGAUUUCCCUAAAGGUAAAAUAAAAGGACCAAAUUUCAAGAAACCAAAUCUUGAUAUGAAUGGACUUGACCAUGACAUCAAUGCUCCUUCAAAUAAACUGAAGCUGCCAAAAUUUGGCUUUUCUGGUAGUAAGCCAAAAGGGCCUGAUCUUAAAAUCAAAUCUCCAGACUUGAAUCUCACAAGCCCCCAAAUUAAGGGAGGAAUUGAUACGCCAGACAUGGAUCUGACUCUGCCUAAAACUGAUUUAAAAGGCCAUAACCUUGAUAUCAGAUCACCUGAUAUUGAUGUCAAUGGCCCUUCAGGCAAAGUAAAUAUGCCAAAAUUUAAGAUGCCUAGUUUUGGUCUGAAAGGACCACAUAUGAACAUGGAUGCUGACAUUGAUCAGCCCGACCUUAAUCUGAGAGCAUCAGCUCCCAAACUAAAUGCAGGCAUAAAUAGUCCUGAUUUUGAUCUACAUGGACCUAAUGUUGAUCUUAAAGGUCCAAGAACAGACCUUACUCUUCCAGACUUUGAUAAGCCUUCUGGAAAAUUUAAAAUGCCCACUUUAAAGAUGCCUAAAUUUGGUGUCUCAGGACCAAAACUAAAGACCCCUGAAAUGGAUCUGUCAGCUCCAAAGUUUAAGGCAGACUUUGAUUCCCCAGACCUGAAUCUCAAAAGCCCCAAAACAAAGGGAGGAAUCGAUACCCCAGAUAUGGAUCUGACUCUGCCUCAAACUGAUUUAAAAGGCCCAAACCUAGAUACCAAAACACCUAAUAUUGAUGUUAAUGGCCCAUCAGGUAAAUUGAAUACGCCAAAGCUAAAGAUGCCCAGUUUUGGUCUGUCAGGUUUGAAAGGGCCACGAAUGAAUGUGGAUGCUGACAUUGAUCAGCCCGACCUCAAUCUGAGAGCAUCAGCUCCCAAACUAAAUGCAGAGAUAAACAGUCCUGAUGUUGAUCUUAAAGGUCCAAAGACAGACCUUACUCUUCCAGACAUUGACAGGCCCUCUGGAAAAUUUAAAAUGCCCAAUUUAAAGAUGCGUAAGUUUGGUGUCUCAGGACCAAAAAUAACGACACCUGACUAUGAUUUGAAGACUCCUGAAAUGGAUCUGUCAGCUCCAAAGUUUAAGGCUGACUUUGAUUCCCCAGACAUUAAUAUUAAAGGACAUAAGCCAGAUGUCACAGGCCCAGACAUGAAUCUUAAAUUCCCUAAAAGUACAUUUAAAGGACCAAACCUAAAGACACCCAAAACUGACAUGAAUGCACCUGACCUCGACAUCAAUGCCCCUUCAGGUAAACUGAAGCUGCCAAAAUUUGGCUUCUCAGGUAGCAAGCCAAAAGCCCCAGAUCUUAAAAUCAAAUCUCCAGACCUGAAUCUCAAAAGCCCCAAAAUUAAGGGAGGAAUCGAUACCCCAGACAUGGAUCUGACUCUACCUCAAAAUGAUUUAAAAGGCCCAAAUCUAGAUAUCAAAUCACCUGAUAUUGAUGUUAAUUGUCCUUCGGGUAAAUUGAACAUGCCAAAGUUUAAGAUGCCUAGUUUUGGUCUGAAAGGACCACAUAUGAACAUGGAUGCUGACAUUGAUCAGCCCAACCUCAAUCUGAGAGCAUCAGCUCCCAAACUAAAUGCAGGCAUAAAUAGUCCUGAUUUUGAUCUACAUGGACCUAAUGUUGAUCUUAAAGGUCCAAGAACAGACCUUACUCUUCCAGACAUUGACAAGCCUUCUGGAAAAUUUAAAAUGCCCACUUUCAAGAUGCCUAAGUUUGGUGUCUCAAGACCAAAACUAAACACGCCUGACUAUGAUUUAAAGACCCCUGAAAUGGAUCUUUCAGCUCCAAAGUUUAAGGCAGACUUUGAUUCCCCAGACCUGAAUCUCAAAAGCCCCAAAAUAAAAGGAGGAAUUAAUACCCCAGAUAUGGAUCUGACCCUGCCUCAAACUGAUUUAAAAGGCCCAAACCUAGAUAUCAAAUCACCUGAUAUUGAUGUUAAUGGCCCAUCAGGUAAACUGAAUACGCCAAAGCUAAAGAUGCCCAGUUUUGGUCUGUCAGGUUUGAAAGGACCACAUAUGAACAUGGAUGCUGACAUUGAUCAGCCCGACCUCAAUCUGAGAGCAUCAGCUCCCAAACUAAACGCAGGAAUAAAUAGUCCUGAUUUUGAUCUACAUGGACCUAAUGUUGAUCUUAAAGGUCCAAGAACAGACCUUACUCUUCCAGACAUUGACAGGCCUUCUGGAAAAAUGAAAAUGCCCAAUUUAAAGAUGCCUAAGUUUGGUGUCUCGGGACCAAAAAUAAAGACACCUGACUAUGAUCUGAAGGCACCUGAAAUGGAUCUGUCAGCUCCAAAGUUUAAGGCAGACUUUGAUUCCCCGGACCUUAAUAUUAAAGGACAUAAGCCAGAUGUCACAGGCCCAGACAUGAAUCUUAAAUUCCCUAAAAGUACAUUUAAAGGACCAAACUUAAAGACACCCAAAACUGACAUGAAUGCACCUGACCUUGACAUCAAUGCACCUUCAGGUAAACUGAAGAUUCCAAACAAAAUUUGGCUUCUCAGGUAG